UCAGAUCAAUAUAUUAAGCGUAUUGCAUGAAUGGUGAGAAAACCUAAAGGAGUUUCCUUAAUAAUUAAAGAGUUCUGCGGUACAACAAAACAAAACGGGUGAUAUUUUGGACAGAGAUGGGGGAAAUCAAGAGCACAGACAGACAAAAUUGGCAGGAAGGAGGGACAAGUGAAGACGAUCUUAUUUUUUUAAUUAAGUAUUAAUCUUAUUAAUAGGAACUGGCCGAGCCUCUAAUGGAUUUGAAGCAAGGAAUUGAAAUCUUGCAAUCCAACGUGACUUUCAGAGCCAUUCUGGCAACUUUACUGGCUGUGGGAAAUUUUCUUAACGGGGCUGAAAUUAAAGGUUUCCAAGUAGAUUAUUUAGCGAAAGUGCCUGAAGUUAAAGACACGGUGCACAAGCACUCGUUGUUGCACCAUCUGUGUCACAUGAUCAUGGAGAAAAAUGUCGAAACGACGGACCAUUAUUCAGAAAUUGGAGCAGUGACGUGAGCUUCUAGGGUGGACUAUGACGAAUUGGCUGCAAAUCUCAACAAGAUGGAAGAGGACUGCAAGGCUUCAUGGGAUCAUUUGCGAGCCAUAGCUAAACACGACGGCAACACUACUAUGAAGAUCAAGAUGUCAGAAUUUCUAACUGACUGCGCUGAAAGAAUCAUGGUGGCAACAAUAGUGCAUCGGCGCGUGACGAAUAGAUUUCGGAAAUUUCUGUUAUGGUUGGGAACACCUCCGGCCCAAGUUCGUGAAACGAAGCCGGGCACAUUUUGUCGAAUCGUAUCCGAAUUUGCUCUCGAAAAUCGAACGACUCGCGAUCGAGUACUCCAGCAAAUGGAGAAAAAGGCAAAUCACCGUGAACGAAGCAAAACUCGGGGCAAGAUGAUAAAUCAAAUUGGCAGCACCAACGGUUUGAAUAGUUUGAGUAAUUACGAUUCGCCUGUCACAUAUGGAACCAAGGAAGAUCGUCGGGCAGAUGCAGAACUCCGCCAGCUUCUCGGCAGUGACAUUUCCGACACAGAAUCUAUGCGCACAGGAACAUGGGGACGAUCGCGGAAAUCAAUGGGCUUGGGACGCAAUACAUCGAUUCGUGAUGAUUACCUAACUGAUGCGGUGACAGAUGGUGACGAUGAGAUUCUAGAGGUCUUGUCAAGACUGCCACGUGAACCACUACUCAUCCACGCGAACGGAAACGAAGCAAUUGUCAACACAAUCACGUUGACCGAAGCUCCGCACUCAAGCGUUCACGGACUCGCGACAACAACGUCUUUCAACCACUGCCUGAAGAAAGUCGGCAUUGAAACUACUCUUCCUUUCGCUAAAGCUUCAUGUUUCACCUGAGGAGGACGCGAAAGCACGGAUUGUCUGAUGAGGAUCGCAAAUAUCUAAUAACGCUGGCAGUUCAGCUCGCCGCUGCUUGAUCCUUCGUCUAUACUGCACUUCUAGUCUCUUCAUUUUAUUUCCGUUUUUUUUUUAAUUCUUAUUACAAAAUUCGUGGUUGCGUCAUUCAUUUUGAGCCGUAGAAGAGAUUUGAUCUCUUAACUGCAGUGUCCGCUAGAGAAUGAAGAAUUUUUUUAAAAUUGCGAUUGCGUCUUUCGCCUCUCAUUUCCAAUCGGUAAAAACUUAGACCUACGCACCACCUCAGCUGCUUUUUGUCCCCUAGACCAUUCGAAAGAAAA